GAUCUCGAGUUUCUUGUCAAACACGAAGGACAUUGCAAACGCGAAAAAGCACAAGUGUUGCUUGAUAAUUACCGGAAGGCGACUAGGUUGCCUGACGUUUCUGGUCCUGUCAGGACACGGAUGACCUGCAAGGUCGUCUGCCGUUCAAAGGCUGGUAGUCAACUGGAUUACCAUCUGGCUAGGGCGUGGGAGAAGGGACGAUCUGGAAAACAGAUUCAAUGCUACCAACCGACGUUUCUGGAUGGCGGAACUAUAAAUGGGAGCGUAAAUGGAAAUAUAACCUGUGGAAAUUUCACCGGAUCUUCUAACAAACGAGGGGAGGAAGAGGUUGAUGAUUCCAAGGCGAAAAGAUCUUUCAAGAGAAAUCGCCAGGACACUGACGAGAGGCACACUACACCACCAUCACAUUCAAGUGUAACUGAAUCUGUGGAAGUCAUUGAUGAUUCGGAAAGUGACACCGGAUCAAUUGAUAUAGAUCGUAGUGAAGAAGAGAUUAGGAAGCUUACGCAGGAUGAGGUGGACAUUCGUAACAAAUUACUCAAAAUUCUUACUGCACGUCAAAAAAAAGACAAAGAAGCCGGAAAAGAUUUUAUGGCAUCAAUAUACCUCAACAAUAUUAUAGAUUUAUCAGACGACGAAAUAUAUAAACGGGUUAAAAAGUCCUUGAAUAAGGAUCAAAUUUCUUGGCUUGAAGGGGUCCUCCAGAAAAAAUAUUGGAAACCUACUCCGGAAUUUACAGAAUAUAUCAAUCAAUUCACUGAAGAAACCUGUACUAGAGCUAAUAUUCCAACAAUUGUUCGCAAAUCCUGUAUUUCUGGGAGGUUUGAUUCUUCUUAUCACGAAGCGCAUGAUAUCGCUCUGCAUAUACUAACUCAUUUUUCUUUACGUCUAGAAGCACCUAUGAGAGUUGAGUACAAAGGCCUCGAUCUAGAAAGAACUUAUGCCGUAGACACAAUAAUUUACAUUUUAAAUAGGAUAUUUAGGAUGUACCAAGAUGAGUUGGAUGUUGCUUGGAUUGAACAAACUUCUCCAGAUACAAAGAAUCAUAAAUUCGAUGGAUUAUAUAAAGUAAUUAGUACAACAGGCAAAAAUCAAGCUAUUAUUAUUAUCGAAUUUUCACGUGGAAGAAAAACGCCCAUGUCUAAAAAAGAUGGUGAUUUGAUUAAGCUUUGUCGGAACGCUAUGAGAACUUUGAAUGUACAAUUAAGAAAGGUACCCAAGGAGCGUGCACGCAUAUACUUAGUGCAAUCAUUUAUUCGGCCACUGCCAACUAUAUAUAUGCUACAACAAUUUUUGCACGUCAAAAUACCUGCUACCUUUGGUGAUUUCGAACAGUUUUCAAAGGACAUGAUGUGUUUGAUGAAUUGGCAGGCAGAUGUCUUGUCAACAGCUAGAAUAGUAAAUAAAGCAACCACGAAUGUUAUAAAAAAUAAUAUUUAUAUAACUUCGGUAGAUGAUACUCCGCAAAAGAAAGAAAGUAAUAAAAAUCAACCUUUACCUAAUUCCUCAUGUCCUACUUCCCCAUCUCCCGUUUCCACAUCGUCGGGUCGCGAUUUGAUGCGUCAUCUGGAUUCCCCAGUUCAUGAGAAAAUCGAUUUAAAUGAUUUAGAUAAUACGCUAUUUAAAUCAAAAAAUUGA